CUUCCUCCCAUAGAUCUGUUCCCCUCCCUCUCCCUCUCUCUCUCUCUCUAAACGCCAUUGAAGAGCUACACAGAUAGCUCUUCUGAUCCGCUGAAAACCCUAAAAAAUGUCCAGCCACAACCAUUCCUCCCCUCUUGCGUCUUGCUUCCGCCCCACCACCGCUGACCACCAGCACUCCGCCGUGGGGCCGCCGUCCUCGCCAAUCUCCGGCAACGCCAACCUCACCACCUGCGUCUACCACACCGACCUCGGCCUAUUCGACCUCACCUGGUCCCGCUCCUCCCUCGGCCGCUCCCUCCACCUCCACCUCCUCCCCGCCGCCGCCACCGGCGAUGACGCCAUCAAUAUCUCCCCUUCUUUCCGCCUCCACAUCAAGCCUUUCAUCUUCUGGAAGAAACACGGCUCAAAGAAGCUCCCCAUCGCCAACACAAAGAAAACCUUCCAAAUCUUUUGGGAUCUUUCCAGGGCCAAAUUCGGGUCCCAGCCCGAGCCGCAAUCUGGGUUCUACAUCGCCGUCGUCUUCGGCGGCGAGAUGAUCCUCCUCGUCGGCGACUCUCCUGCCGAAGCCUACGCCAAGUCGAGAGCUUCGAAGCCUCUCCGAGCCGACACAAUGGUUCUGAGAAGAGAACAUAUGUACGGGAACAAGCUGUAUACCACAAAAGCAAGCUUCGGAGGCAAAACUAGAGACAUAUCCAUAGAUUGCAGAACCGGCGACGAUCCAAGACUCUACUUCAGCGUCGAUCACAAGAGGGUUUUGCAGGUGAAGCACCUGAAAUGGAAGUUCAGAGGCAAUGAAAGGAUCGAAAUUGAUGGGGUUUCCAUACAGGUGUCUUGGGACGUAUACAACUGGUUGUUUGAGGACGAUGAAGAUCGGCACGCCCUGUUCAUGUUCAGGUUCGAGAAGCAAGGCUUUGAAGACGACGAAGACCGCCACCAUGACCACCAGCUUAGCCACCAUUUAAACGAGAAGAACGGAAUGGCGGCCUUCUGGUCGCAGCAAUCUUCUGGGCCGGGAUACGAGAAGAAGAAGAGGAAGAAGAGCUUGCUGAGAACGGCGAGAAGCUCCUCCUCUUCGUCCCUGUCCUCGGCUUCUUCCAGCUGCAGCUCUGUGAUGGAAUGGGCGAGCGCGGAAGAGAAUGAGCUGAAGGGCCCUUCUGACUUCUCUCUUCUGAUCUACGCUUGGAAGAGCUGAGGCCGAUCGAUCACUCCUGGUUACAAUUUCUAUCUUUCUUCUCAUAACUUCUCGAUCCCCUUGUUUGAUCACAAGCUUGCUAACCCAUUGAUUUGUUCAUGAACAUAUAUACAUAUUGCCUUCUUACAUCAAUGUACAAGAAGAGAUAUAGACCAUGUAGAGCUUAUAGAAACCAUGAUCGAGAUUCCCUAGCUAGCUAGGUUCUAACCAUCUUAAUUUGUUUCCCUUCGUUCUGCUCUGAAAAGUAUAGAAAUCGAGGAAGAAGAAUAAAGCAAAUAUAUAUAUAUAUAUAUAUAUAACUUCGUUUUGUAAUUGGGUAUUGUUGUGGAGUGAUCGAAGCUGUAAAUCAGUUCGGGUUUCUUCUUUCAACAAUCGGGUUCCCUAAACUCCAUUCUCGUUAUCUCUUCAAACUCACUUCAACUGAUCAAUACGAAACUCAUAUUAAGUCGAGAGAAUUAUGAUAUAUUACCAAAUACGAAAGGUUUCAAGCUCAAUCCCAGAUGAGCUUUUUGAUUGUGUUCUGAGUUUUUUGAUUUUUAGGGUAUAAAAAUGAUAAUGGUAGUUGUAUAAGGGUACCCUUUUUUUGUUUCAUUUUUUGGGGCUUUUAUUGUCCCAAUGUGGGCAUGGUUGUAGGGUACUUGGGUUUUGGUGAGGCUGGCAGUGAGUUGUUUGAUUAUGAUUGAGAGUCGUGUGUUGUAAUUUCGUGCGAGAUUCCGAAGUUGAAUCCAACCAUUUCACUAACGUGCAUGUGAGGUGUGGGGUCUCUCCUUUUGCCAAGUCUUGUCGUCUUUGCGCCCCCACUCUCCUGACUCAUCUCCACCGUUGAUCUUCAAUCAAAUGUUGCUUUGGACUGUUGAUAUAUAAUCGGCACAGGAUACAAUUGUAGAACU